ACCGCCAUUAGCCCAAGUGACUGGCCCGAAAACAAAGAGAAAUUCGUCUUAUUUCGGCCUCUUUUCGGCGUUCCUCUUCCUUUCCUCUCCUCUUCGGCCCUGAGCAAAGAGGAAGAAGUGACGAACGAGGGGAGAAGAGGCGGAAAAGAGGAGUGGAGAGAGGAGAAGGGGCAAAAAUGGAGGUGACAGAGGUAACAGGUGGGGACUUGGGGUCUGGCACAGUAGUCGUCAGUCCUGGAGAAUUGUCGUAUGAUCUCGGACAGCAGUCGGGCUCAUUCCUGUCAAAUGCACACAUAAUGUCUCAGGGUUCACUGACAGACGGAAGUGGCAUGCUCACCUUCCCAAUCCAGCUGGUCCAGUUACACGACCCGGGAGGCGACGGGGGGGUCUCGCGGAACGGAGGGAAUUCUGGGGUGUCGGCUGGAACUCAGGGCUUCAGUGCACACAUCAUUAUGAAAAAUCCCGAUGGAACUCGGACUUUACUCUUGGAGCCCAGUGAGAUAUCCAUGGGAGAGGAUGGGAGUGAGAGCCGUCUCGUGCCGCUCCAUGAUCUUCCUGAGGCGAGUGUUGGCUCCAAUUUCAGUGAUUUGCAAGAGCGGGGUGGAUUCCUUCAGCUGGACGAAGGUAUGGUCGCAGUUAAUCAGGUUGGAGGAGACAUAGGGCAGUCUGGGGUCAUACUGGCAAAUGCUGGCGAGUGCCUUACACCAAAGGAUGGAACAAUUCCUCAAUUUGCCUCCUUUAGUAUUGUCGAUGGUCAGAUGGUGCUGACCGCAACCGAGGCUGGAGUAGAUGACACAGUCACACUGGAGGGAGGAAGUCUUAUUAACUCAGCUUUAAAUGAACCAGAGACAAUUGUGCCACAUCAAAUACAAAUCCCCAGCAAGAAACAGAUUCAGGCUGAGAUGGAACCACCCAUUGGGAAGGGGCCUUAUACUUGUGAGUGUUGCAACCUAACCAUUGAGAAAUGGGCCCAGUAUAAGAAACACGUAAAGAAACAUUUAGAAGAUAAACCAUACCAGUGUUGUGACUGUGAGGCUUCGUUCAAUGUACAAAAAAAUUUGCAUCUCCAUGAGGCAUUACACUCCACGGGUAAACUAGUAUGUCCAGAGUGUGACAAAACCUUUAGACGUUUAGCUUCAUUUAAAGCCCAUCUGGCUGUUCAUGAAGAGGAUGAGACUGUUACAUGCGAGAUCUGCCAAGAGGAGUUCAUAUCUGUGAGUCAGCUAGAACCACACUACCAGCGGCACAGGGAUGGUAUAGAUGCCCUAGGGGCACAUAAGAAGUCAAGCCUGGACUGCAAAGAGUGCGGAGCAGAAUUUACAAACCAAGGAUUACUUAAGCAUCAUAUGAAAGUCCAUAAGAAGGUCAAGAAAAUAACACAGACAAAACCAAGAAGAAGACUAGCAGAUCGCUGCAAAUUUGAGAACAAAUGCCAAGAGUGUGGUAAGAACUUCAUAAAACCCUCACAGCUAAUAAGACACAUGAGGAUUCAUACUGGAGAGAGGCCAUUCAAGUGUACUCACCCUGGAUGUGAUCGAGCCUUUAAUCAGAGAUAUACGAUGCUCAUCCACAUGGACAUACACACUGGCAAGAAGGCUUAUAAAUGUGAAUUCUGCAACAGAGAUUUUGUACAAAAGAGUAAUUUGCGUUGCCACAUAAAACGCGUCCACCCUGUGAACUUAGCUGGUGUACAAAUGUUUGAGUGUGAUGAAUGUUCAUGUGUGUUUAAGAGCUCUGGAAGCCUCAGUGCCCACAAGUCAAGGGCACACUCCACAGAAGCUGUCAUUGGUUUAAAUGUAUCAUCAGAUAUCAGAGAUGUCAUCAAGGAAAUCCUAGACUUGGAGAAAACUGGCCAGCGAGAACAGGGCAUCAGAUCAGAGCAAGGGGGGCUUGCAGAGAGUGGGAACGAUGGGGAUAUAUUACAACAAGCUUUAAAAAACAGUGGACUGUCACAAACAAAGGAUCAGACCAAUUCAAUGGGCAAAGUUAAAAUGGAGGCUGAUGACAGAAUACAAGAUGAUGACAGCUGGAUCACAGGGGUCCAGAAUGCUGCUGCUAAGAUAAAGGAGUGUAAGAAGCUGCGUGUGAUUACUCUCAUCGACAGAAGCAAUGAGUGUGGCAUGAAGAGAUAUACAGUGUUUGUGAAGAUGGUUGGGGAUGUCAAAUGGCAUGUUUGCAAUUACAAGGACUGCAGCAAGGAGUUCAAAAAACCUUCAGACCUUGUGAGACACAUGAGGAUUCACACAAAUGAUAAGCCAUUUAAGUGUAACAAGUGCUACCGAGCCUUUGCUGUGAAAUCAACUCUUGUGGCCCACAUGAAGACUCAUUCCGCUGUGAAGGAACACGUUUGUGACAAGUGCAACAAGAAAUUUGCCACAGCCACCUCCCUCAAAGUCCAUUCUUGGCUACACACAGGACAGAAGCCCUAUCCGUGCCAACAGUGCCACAAGGUGUUCCGAACUGUGUCCCACCGCAAAACACACAUGUUGUCCCACAUGCACUCCCCUCAUCGGCAGGCCCAGCGGCGACGGUCAAUCCCCCUACCGGAUAUCCCCCUCCAGGAACCUAUACUCAUCACUACUGCAGGUCCUGUAAAGCAGAUAUCUCGACACAGUCAGGUUUACUUUCCUGAGACAGGGGAGGCUCCACGUGACCGGCCCCACAAGUGCCACUAUUGCACGGCGGCCUUCAAGAAGUCAUCGCAUUUGAAGCAGCAUGAGAGGACGCACACUGGGGAGAGACCCUUCCAGUGUGAGAGUUGCAAUAAGCAGUUUAAUUCUCUGAGUGUUUUGAAAUCACACUUCAAAACACACACAGGCCAGAGAACACACAAGUGCACAAUAUGCAAUGGUCUCUUUGCCACAAGUGGAAGUCUGAAAAGGCACAGAACUACACAUUCAACGGACCGUCCAUAUAUGUGCCCCUACUGCCAGAAAACGUUCAAAACAAACACAAACUGCAAAAAACACAUGAAGACUCACAAGCAAGAGCUGGCUAUGGAGGCAAUGAGGGCAGCUGGGUCAAACCUGCAGGGCAACAACCAGGCACUGCUGGCAGCCACUCUCUACAGUCAGCAGGCAGCCACUCCCUCCCUAUCUGACUCGGACGUCAUUGUUCCUGACCUCGCAGGUAUGACCAGCGUUUUCCAGGAGGGUGACUUUCCACUCUCUGGUGAUCUUCAGCAGCAAGCACAGCAUCAGCAUCAGCACCAACAGGAAGAUCUCUCAUCGUCUCAGGUUCUUCCAACUUCAUUCACCCAAAGUGUUGGUGAAAGUGGUCUUACUCUGGCUGACCUCCAGACUGGAGUGGAUCAUGGUCUUGGGUCUGGAGAGGCAGUCAUCCUAACCUCUCAGCCUGCAACAAUUACAACACAUCUAGGUGGUUCCUCAGUUCUUAUACCUCAGUCAUCUGCAUCAUCCAUCCUGCUUCCAAAUUCCUCUGCAAAUCAGGUGAGCGGUGCAACACCCCUCCUGCAGGGGGCAAGUGGCACAUCAAUUCUCCAAGGCAGCAAUGGCACUUCCAUCUUAUUGCCACACUCAGCCUCUGGGCAGGAUUCAGGGUCGUCAUUACCAAGUGAACUCUCUCAGGAGAAUGGCACAACCAUCCUGACCAUACCUAAUUCCUCUGGUGGGAGUGUUUUGACCGUCCACCAACCAUCUGUGAUACAAGGACCUGCAAGGGAGGAUUCAGCCAAUGUUACCUCAGUGAUUCAGGCCCAGCCGAGCAUCCUGAGUGAGUCGGAAAAUGCUCGUUAUGCUACCUCACUCACCUCACGGCAGGCCAUCCUGGACCACACCCAGGACUUCAACAACUUGGGUGAUCCUGGGGGUCUCGACAUGGUCACAAUCCCAACAUCAGUGAUGAGUGAGAACACCCAAUACAGCUCACAGGUCAUACAGACAAACCUGCAAUUGGAAGGUGGUCGAGGGGCUGUUAUUACAAGUGCAAGCAACGAAGUCAAUUCAGAAAAUCUUGGCACUGGAGAAUCUAGUCUUACGGGAGAAACAAUGAAUGCAGCAGCUGAUGGACUGGCCAGCACCCUGGUCGAGAGUGACGACGAGGGGAGAGUUGUAGCCUCGCAUCCUACCUCAAUCACUGAAAAUGAUGCCUCGUCAACAACUUUGUUAGAGGCCAACUUUGAUCACCAGGGAUUUUCGGAUGGAUUUACUUUGCAUGUUCCGGCUGGGCUAGAUCUAAGUGGUUUAGGAAGUGGUGGAGAUAUCGCCUCAGCACAGCUAGUCCAAUUGUUAAACACACAGGAUUCAGUUAAUGAUGUUACAGGCAUUAAAAUCACAAGUAACUCCUCAACAGCUCAGAACUCUUCAGAAGAGGACAAGGCUCCAGCACCUGAGGUCUCAGUUUCGAAGGUGUUUGAGUGUGAUCAGUGCAAAAAGACGUUCCACAAACUCCCUCACCUGCGGUCACACAAAAGAAUUCACACCCAGGGCAAGGCUCACAACUGUACAACAUGUAACAAGGGAUUUUCUUCAUUGCAAGCUCUUAAGGAACACCAACAGCAACAGCAUUCAAGAUCAAACAUGCACCACUGCCAGUGCCAUAACUGCCCUGAGAAGUUUAGCACUCCUAAUCAGCUUUUGAAACACAUGCAGAUGGAACAUAAUCGUAUGUGGCCGUGUACUGUGUGUGAGGGUCUGUUUGAGUCUUUUGCCACAUUCCAGAAACACUUGCGAUCUCACAAGAUUAAAGAUAUCAAUCAGGCUAUUAGCAGGAGUAAGCAAAACCAGCGCAGUGAGGCCAACAGUGCAAGUAGCAAGGUUAAGAUUGCAUUGACAGCAGAGGAUGUGGAGACUCUACUUCAGGAGUCAUCAGGUACCCAGAUGGCUAUAGAAGAAGAGGGCCAGAGGGACUCAGAGAUGGUUGACAUCCCACGCCCAUCAAAGAAGCACAGCUCGUCACAGGAGGACAACCUGCAGGUCUUUGUCAGCAUGACGAAGGAUGACCCUGAUGAGGAAAAGACUGAAUCUCAAAAACAUGCACAUCAGUGUGACACCUGCAGUAAGAGCUUUAAAAAGCCGUCAGACCUGGUUCGCCAUAUUAGGACUCACACUGGGGAGAGACCCUUCUCCUGUGCACAGUGUGGCAAGUCCUUUGCUGUCAAAUCCACUUUGGAUGUUCACAUGAAGACACACUCAGGGAAAAAAGAUUUCAUGUGUCAUAUUUGCAAUACUAUGUUUGCCACCAAGGGAAGCUUAAAUAUCCACAUGCGACUCCACACAGGUGCAAAACCAUUCAAGUGCAACCACUGUGGAAUGAAAUUCAGAACAUCAGGGCAUCGUAAAGCUCAUGUGAUCAAGCAUUUCAAGCACUCAGGAGCAGGGCCAAUACCUACAAAGAUGAAACUAGUGGAAGAACAGCCAAUGGAAACCUCUGUGAACAGUGCAAACGAAACUGUCAUGGAAAUGCCAAACGUAGAAAACUUAAAUUCAGUCGUAGUGAUGGCAGAUGGCAGCAUGUCAUUGCAGUUACAGGGGCUUAAUCUGGGUCCAAUUGAGGCAACUCUACUCAACACCCAGUCGAUGACUCUAGAUGAAAGUGUGCUCAGUCAUUUACAGGCUGCAGGUGGAGCCAUGAUUGGGACAGGUGAGGGUACUGUGGACGAAGAUGCUGAGGACUCUAUUUCUGUAAAUCCAAAUGCUGUGAUGACUCAGCCUCGCAGUGUCCGCACCUCAAAUGCUGAGGCUGACAUGGACUCAGAUUUCGAGAUACACAUGAUUGACGAUGAUGGGAGAGUGAUAACCACCCACUCAUUGAAUAUAAUUGGUCAGUCAUUGGACAGAGAUCAAACAUCAGCCCCGGAGAAUCAAAAUUUCAUCCAACAGGAAUUAAGUCUUUCAGACCUAGCAGUGUCUGGGCCAAACAAUACAAUUCAGUGUGCUCUUUGCUCUAAAAACUUUUUGAAGUUCACUGAAUGGCAGGCACAUUUAUCAUCACAUGAUAUCUUGCUGAAGGAAACUGAUGAUGGAGACAACAUUGAAGGUGAUAUGCAAGACACUGUUGUUGUACCAACCACCACUCUUGCAGAUACACAGGAGAUAAACAUCCUCUCACACCCCAACAUAAAACAGGAAGAAAUAAGUAUCGAAGAACUCACAAUCUGCAAACUGGAAGAUCAGACUUUGCCAUCACGUGGUUUCAAGUGCCGAGCCUUAGGUUGUGGGAAGAUUUACAAGUAUCAGAGUAAUCUAGAACAGCACAUGCUCAGCACCCACAUGAAACAAUACGAGUGUUCCAGAUGUGAUGGGCAGGUGUUCCCCUCUGCUGCUGCUCUACAGCGACACAUUAAGUUGAACCAUGUAGAGUCUAAGGGUAAUAGGUGUGUGUUCUGUCCUGAGGAAUACAGCUCAAGAGGCUUAUUGCACCAGCAUAUUAUCCAAGAACACAUACAGCUGGUCUUGGAAAAUCCCCUUGCUAUAGAAAAAGUUGGAUUGAAGAUCAAUUUAACCUCAGAACCCCAAAGAGAAGGUUCGGCAAUGGGCACACAGAGCACAAUGGAAGAAUUGGAUGCAUUGGAACUUUUUCCAUCAGUGAAUAAUGCUACGCACCUCGAGUAAAAGAAUAUGGUUUCCGAAAGUUUAAUUUUCAGAACUCUGUAGGGAUGGAUUCUGAGUCUUCCUUUGCCGGACUUGUAAAUUGUUUAUUUCCACUGAACUUAGAAGUACAAAACCUCAAGUUAGAAAGUUGAAAUUAUGCAUCCUUGUGUGCAUAGUUUGAAAUAUCCUUGACUCACUCUCCUUCCCUCUCUUUCCAUUUCUCCUUUUCUAUCCUCACCUGGUUUCUGCCUUUUUUUAUAUUCUUCCCUAUCUGCAUCCCUCUCCUACUGAUCUCUCCAUUCUCUCCAGUACCAUUUUUUCCUCCUCUUCCUCUUGUUAGUCUCCUUCAUUUCUUCAGUAUCUUUCUCAUUCUCUCUGUUUCUCCCUUCACAGUAUCUUUAAGCCAAUUUAUGGAAGUAGAAGAGUAUUUUCUAUAUAUACUGAAAAUAACAAAGGAAAACAUAGACAAUGCUGUACAUUCUUAGAAUUAAGAUUUCUGUAAACUAUUUAUAUUAUCUAUAUUUGCACUUGAUCUUUCAAUUUUAUUUUAUCUUGUUUCUCCAAGGUAACAUUUCCCAUGUUCUGUAGUGCAAGCAAGUAGCCUUCAGAGAUUCUAUUUUUAUACCAGUUUUUUCAAAAAUGUCUGUAAACAAGUGAUGCGAGUACUUGUUUGCUGUAUUCUUAGAAAAUAAUUGAUUUUAUUGUAAUCUUUCUUGUAUUGUUAUUUUUUGUGACAAUAUUUAUAUACUGAAUAGCAUUUUAUAUUUGCAUACUAUCAUAUUUGGUUAGUAUAAUUCAGAGAAAGAAUUUUGACCCUUGAAGGGGCCCAGGUCAAAAUUUGUCACUUCUUUUCUUUACCAUUUUAUUAUUUUUCUUUUUUAAGAUUAAGUUCAUAGACGUAUGUCAAGAAGGCUGCCAGUAUGACAUGUAACUUUUUACAACUCAGUAUAAACCAAAGAAUUGUAUAAAGCUGGAAAAUAUCUUGACAUUGUAACCCCCUGCGAUGAGACUUCAGUACAGUAUGUAUAUUGCUUUGAAAGUGAGAGGAUAUGUACCUUUGCUUUUAUAUAUAAUAGAUAUGCCUAGAUUAUUUUUUAAGAUGUACUUAGGCAGUUGUAUGGCAUUUUAGCAGUUUUAACUAGCAGAUUGUUUUUAUUUCAUUAUCAUUAUUAUUAUGAUUAUGGUUAUGAAUUUUUAUCAUCAUCAUCACAAUCAUUAUCAGCAUCAUCACCACCACCAUCAUCACUAUCACCACCACCCACCACCAGUAUUAUCAUUAUUAUUAUUAUAUAUAUUUUAUUAUUAUUAUUAUUAUUAUUAUUAUUAUUAUUAUUAUUAUUGUUGUUGUUAUAAUUAUUAUUAUUGUUAUUAUUAUUAUAAUUAUUAUUUUUAUAAUUACUACUACUACUA